UGUUCCUGUCUUUGCACAAGCCCGUUACUCCAACUGCGUUUUCCAGUCGCUAGCAACAAUGAAUAACCGCAAAUGACAUCCGUUGACAUCUUCAAACAAUGAUCCCGUUUUCAACUAAUUAUCUUGUAAAUGUAGCCAGUCAAACAAGAAAUUAAAGCACUCUUAGUUUCCGAAUGGGAGGAUGCCAGGUUACUAUAAAAGAAGCACUCCAAUUGACUGCCAAUUACUUUAUACAAACCUGACGGGAGGAACCAAUAGUUCAGAAACAAAAAACAUGGAUCUGAAAGUUGAGAAUGGAGGAGCCAAGAAAGGUGAGAGAUUGGGUUGGGGUAAGUCUUUGCCAGUGCCAAGCGUCCAGGAGAUAGUGAGGAAUGAUUUUCAAUCAGUUCCCGAUAGAUACAUACAUGAAAAUAAAGAUAGGGAACUGAAUUCUGACAACUUUGCUUCUUCACUUGAAGUUCCAGUCAUAGAUUUCUCCUUGCUAGCCAAGGGAGAAGAAGGUGAAAUAAGGAAACUAGACCUUGCCUGCAAGGACUGGGGUUUUUUCCAGAUAACAAAUCAUGGGCUGAGAGACGAGGUCCUGCAUAAGAUGAAGGCAACUGUGGCAGCUUUUUUCGAACUGCCACUCGAAGAGAAAAAGAAGUAUGCAAAGGCAGCAAAUGAAAUCCAAGGAUAUGGGCAAAACUUUGUAGUCUCAGAAGAGCAGAAACUUGAUUGGUCCGACAUGAUAUACUUGAUCACUGUCCCUCCCGAACGCAGGAAUUUCAAGUUCUGGCCACUCUCUUUACCAGGUUUCAAAGAUGCAAUAGAAGAAUAUUCAGCAGAAGUGCAAAAGGUUGCUGAGGAGCUCUAUGCUAACUUCUCAGUUUUGAUGGGGUUGGAUAGAGAUGGUCUAAAAAGGUUGCAAGGAGAGCUCAAACAAGGAAUAAGGAUGAACUAUUACCCUGUCUGUUCAAGGCCUGAUCUUGUUCUUGGUAUUAGCCCUCAUUCUGAUGGUAGCACAUUCACCUUGCUUCUGCAAGAUGAUGAGGUCACUGGUCUCCAAAUUAAGCACAAACAAGUAUGGGUUCCUGUUAAACCAAUUCCAAAUUCUCUUGUGGUCAACGUUGGCGAUGCUGCUGAGAUUCAGAGCAAUGGAAUGUACAAAAGCAUUGAACAUAGAGCCAUCACAAAUGAGGAGAAACCAAGAAUAUCAAUUGCAACAUUUGUAUUUCCAGAUGAUGAACAGGAAAUUGGUCCCCUUGAAUCAAUGAUAGAUGACAGUCAUCGCCCUAGAAUGUAUAGAAAUAUUAAGUAUGUUGAUUACAUCAGGGAAAAAUUUGCAAGGAGAAUGGAGGGAAAAGCUCACACCGAUUUUGUGAAGUUACAAAGCGCGUAAACUCUAGCUGUUGUCUUCUUUUCUUUAUCUAGCUAGACUAAACUGCAGCCACUAAAAAAAUGCCAUGACCAAGUAAUUUGCUCUUGGAAGCAAUACUAGGGUCUUUUUCAUUAAGAAGAAGCUAUCCAGUAGCUUGUAUCAGCUCUAUAUACAAGUGACCAAAUAUAAUAAUGUUUACUA